CACCCCGUUUUUUUUCUUGUUCCCAACAGGAAACACAGACUGACAAGAACUCAAAGUGCCUUUUCCCCGGUUGUGUUCAGCCCCCUCUUCACAGGUGAAACGGUGUCACUGGUGGACGUGGACAUCUCCCAGCGAGGACUGACCUCCCCUCACCCCCCGACUCCUCCCCCUCCGCCCCGGAGGAGCCUCAGCCUGCUCGAUGAUAUCAGUGGGACGCUGCCUCCAUCUGUCCUAGUGGGUCCAAUGGGCUCUUCCCUGCAGUCUUUCCCUCUGCCUCCGCCUCCUCCGCCCCACGCCCCAGACGCCUUUCCCAGGAUGGUCCCGGUGCGGCCUCCGGAGGGGGGGGUGGCCCAGCCCAUCCCACACCUGCAGUGUCCCCUCUCCAGACCCGAUUCCAGCAGCUUCGCCGCCAGCCUGAGGGAGCUGGAGAAGUGUGGGUGGUACUGGGGCCCCAUGAACUGGGAGGACGCCGAGAUGAAGCUGAAGGGGAAACCCGACGGGUCCUUCCUGGUGCGGGACAGCUCCGACCCCCGCUACAUCCUGAGCCUGAGCUUCAGGUCCCAGGGCAUCACCCACCACACCAGGAUGGAGCACUACAGAGGGACCUUCAGCCUGUGGUGCCACCCCAAGUUCGAGGACCGCUGCCAGUCGGUGGUGGAGUUCAUCAAGAGGGCCAUCAUGCACUCCAAAAACGGGAAGUUCCUCUACUUCCUGCGCUCCAGGGUCCCAGGUCUCCCUCCAACGCCCGUCCAGCUCCUGUAUCCCGUCUCCAGGUUCAGCAACGUCAAAUCCCUUCAGCACCUUUGCCGCUUUCGGAUCCGGCAGCUGGUCCGGAUCGACCACAUUCCCGAGCUCCCGCUGCCCAAGCCCCUGAUCUCCUACAUCCGCAAGUUCUACUACUACGACCCGCAGGAGGAGGUUUACCUGUCCCUGAAGGAGGCCCAGCUCAUCUCCAGACAGACCCAGGAGCCGGAAUCCUCCACGUAGCAGAGCCGCCUCGCCCGUGCUCCCGGCACUGAUGGAAUUUGGUUGUUGCCAUCCCGCAGCCCGAGCCAGGCCGUGGUGGGAAGGAGCCCCCCACACUCCUCCCCCGCUGCUGGGGGGGGGGCCACUCCUGCUCUCCAGCCCUUUUGUACAGAGAAGAGGGGGGGCCAAGAUUCCCAAGAAGCCCAGCAGAGCAGGAAUCCAGAGCCUUGGCUCCUGGGAAAAGGCGUCUCGGGAGGCGGCCGAGCCUCCCGGCGGAACAAGGAAUGUCACGGCAUUUUACAAAGUUUUACAAAGUUCUGGGGAAAGUUUUAUUUUUGAUGUAUUCCAGUUUUUUGUUUUCAGCAUGAGAAGAGGUGACUGCGUGGUGACGACCCUGCCUUGGAAAACUUGGAAGUGGGGAAAGAGAUGGAGGGAGGAGGAGGAGGGGACACUCUCUGGGAAGAUCCAUCUGCUCCAAGGCAUCGUGGCGGGACUGUCCUUUGAUCCCCACGGAGAGGGGAGGGUGCAGCUGGAGAGCUGCUGGAGGCAAACUGAGCCAGAAGGAUCUGGGAAUAACCUCUGGGAAUAACCUUGGAGCUCAGCAGCUUCCCAGGAUCCGGGAGGAGGGAGCCAAACCCAGCCUUGGGAAGCUGAGCUGGAUUUGCAGGAUGGACCCGAGGAAGGAGGAGCGUGUGAGCCGUUGGGAUGUCGUGGAUCCCGAGGGAAUGGUUGGUGCUGCUCCUCCGAGGAAGCGCCAUUCCCUGAGAAAACACUGGAAGAUCCCCCCCCCCGGACCCCCCGGGAAGUGGAAGGAAGGUGGAGAAGCUGGAACUGUUGGAGCUGGAAGGACCAAAGGUACUUCCUGCAGAGCCACGGGAUGUGCACUUCCAGCCCCUCUCUGGCUGAUUCCAGGAGCUGGGAAUGAAGUGGCUUCCUUUGGAGCUGUGAAGGAUCCUGAGGAGGAGCUGCUGGGGGGGACUGGGAGCGAGGAGCAGCUCCCUGAGGAUUCUCUGGAAUAGCAUCUGAUCCCUUCCCUCCCUGGGACAUCCAUGGAUCCACAGCAAAGCUGGGAGAGAUGAUGGCUCUUGCCAUGGUUUUGGGCACAAAUAACACCCCCCCCCUUCAAAUCCUGGUCUGCUGCUUCAUCCCCUGCAGCCCCUGAGCAGGAACUUCCUGGAUGGUGGAGUUUUGAGGGAUGCUGGGAAUUCUGGAGAAGCCUCUUCAUCCCUGUAUUUAAAGGAGCGAGUCCCUGCGCUCUGAAUCCAAGGAAUUGCUCUGUCCUGCCGGGCCUGUGGAUGGGGGUGGGUGCCCUGUGAGUGCCCUGUGAGCUGUCAGGACCUUGGGCUCUCCCUGCAGGAGGAUCCCUGUCCUUGAAUUCCACGGGACCGGGUUGGAUUUUAAGGCAGUGACCUGGAAAAAUCCCACUGCUCCAGGAAGGUGCUACAGAUCCUGCCCUGCCCGGCCCCUCCUGGAUCCUGGGAGGGCUCACGUGCUCUGGAAAGAAAGGAUUUGGCUUCCAGGUGAAACUGAGCUUCCAAAUCCACAGAAAUACCUCAUGGGACGCUGCUCCAUCCCGGCUGUGGGAGGGGAAGAGCUUCCCAAGAGCCAGGCUUGGGAAUGGA